AUGCUGAGCACCUCUCAACCCAUCUCCGCCUUCGCCAACUCCUCUGCUCCCAUGAAUGUUUCCUCUGCACGCCAGAUCCCUUCCCGACGUCCAAUCAGCAAAGAUGGAGAGAAGCAAGCUAUCUGGGUACCGAUGCUCAACAGUGCCUCCAAAGGAAAAGACCUCUCAGAGAAACAACUCAUUGUACUUGGUGGAACUCCCGACCAACAACGAGAAUUCCUGGAGCAGUUAAACCCUCCCAGUUUGCGCCCGCGAUAUCUAAACAAUGAUCGACGAAGACAACCACGCUCCGCCCCCAUAUCAAACCGCUAUGCUCUCGGGUACACCUACCAUGAUGUGUUGGAUGCUGACCAGGAAGACGUCCUUGCUCGAUUGAAUGUUUACAUGCUCGCCAACCCAAGUGCAAGCUUUGCACCAUUAUUGAAACCCCUCUUGACUCCCAAGACCGUCAAGGACACCCUGAUCACCAUUCUACUCGACUGGUCAAACCCUUUCAAGUGGGCAAGACAACUUCGACAAUGGAUUCGAUUGCUCCGGUCGGUCAUCUUGUCCCUGGAUGAACAAACAAAGAUUGAAAUGGAGGAGACCAUGACCGCCUGGAAAGAGAAAAGAGUCGGUCCAGAUGCCCCUUCUGCUCAGCCUGGUGGAUCUCUCAGUGCAGACCAAAAGUUGAUCGCCGCCACUGUGCCACCGGGACCAGGAGAAUGGGAUGAAGGUCUGGGCAUUCCCUUGUCCGUGGUAUGUGUACAGGCAGAGAAGAUUGAGAAGAUGGAACGCGACUAUGGUUGGGGAGAAGAUCAGUUCGAUUUUCUAAUGCAGUGGUUGAGAUGUGUUCUUCUCAAACACGGUGCAUCUCUUGUCUACACUGCUACAUUCGAUCCAAAUAACGUUCGGACACUGAUCCACACAAGUCUAAGCAUCCAUUCAUUACUUAAGAGAGAAAUCGCCAAACACAACAUCAUUGAUCGAGAUAAGAUCCUCGUUCCCCCAAAUUGGGAUUCUUGGGGAAAGAUUCGAAUUCUGAAAGAUGGCUUCGAUCCAGAGGUUGUAGGGGAUGCAUGGUCUAUUGAAAUCCAGGAAUCGCCAGAACAAUCUCUCGAUCUCUCCGUCAACACUACAACUCCCCCUAAUCAGAAUGGUAGCGCAAACACCGAGAACGAAUCAGCCGUUGAUAUUUUCGAAGCCACUCUCCGUAACCCUUCCGACUCCCGCCCAACCUUCCAACCACGUACCGGUGAUGAGGUGGUCGCUAUCCCAUCAGUGCAAGAAUUCCUCCAGGCACAGUUCUCUCACCUCGAGCAACUCAAAGCCGAGGACGAAAAAGCAGAACGCAAAUCCCGUAAAGGCGCCCCAGCACCGACCGGAGCGGGCGGGUCAACGGUUGAUGGAAACGAUGAUGGCGGAGUGGUCGGAGUGUCAAACCCUAGAAUGGCCGAACACAUCGGACCCUACCAGAUCAACGUUAACGGAAUUGACUUUGACGCCGAAGAGGCUACGAGAAGGUUACUGGAGCGGGAAAGCGAACGAAAUGCAGCCACCGCCGCAGCGGCCAAUAACAGACCCACCACAUCUACCUCGACACAGGCUGGCCCAGGUUCCAGCACACCCAUGCGCAGAGCCAACAGCGGCGUGGGCACGGGUACGGCGACGGACGGAACGACAACGCCAUCAAGCUCUACGAACAAUGCUGCUGCUGCUGGCUCUGGCGUACCAGGGGGCGUGAGCAAACAGAGUAACGAGGCCAUGUCGGCUUUCUUCGCCAAUCUGAUCAAAAAGGACAAGAGAGGUGCUGUCAGUGCCGGCGCUAGUCCCACGCGUGUGCCUGGUAGUUCGAGUCCCGCUGUGAGAGGUGGUGCAGAGGAGAAGAGGCGGGAGUCGUGA